AGGUUAUUCGCCAUGUCCAUCCAGGAGAAGGAGGAACGUCUGCUCGCCUGCCUCGAGAAGAUGCAGAACCAUCUCAACGCCCUCGAGACGGACAGCUUGCGGUCGGAGCUCCAGGCGAUGCGUCAGGAGCUGCAGAGCAUCGGGAGCGGCGCUCGGCAAGAAGCGGGGAGCGGCGGCCACUACCGCGGCAAGAUCUCUCAGAUGUCGUCAGAGGUCAGAGACGACAACCCCUACAGCCGCUUGAUGGCCCUUAAGUCCAUGGGGAUCGUCAAGAACUACGAGGACAUUCGCAAGUUCAGCAUCAUCAUAGUGGGGAUGGGAGGUAUAGGAAGUGUAGCAGGGGAGAUGCUCACGAGAUGCGGGAUCGGAAAACUCCUCCUCUUUGACUACGACACGGUUGAGAUCGCAAACAUGAACAGGUUGUUCUUCCGUCCCGAGCAAGCAGGGAUGAGCAAGACAGAUGCAGCAGCUCAGACGUUGGCCGCCAUCAAUCCCGACGUUCAGUUCGAGUCGUUCUGCCACAACAUCACCACCAACGACAACUUCGAGAACUUCAUGGAUCGCAUCAAGCAUGGCGGUCUGAACGGAGGUCCCGUUGACCUCGUCCUCAGCUGCGUCGACAACUUUGCGGCUCGCAUGGCGAUCAACGCGGCAUGCAACGAGCUGCAGGUGGUGUGGAUGGAGUCAGGAGUGUCGGAGGACGCCAUGUCGGGUCACAUCCAGUGGCUGGUGCCUGGUAGGCUCGCCUGCUUCCGCUGCCUGCCUCCUCUCGUGACGACCUCUGGCUUCGACGAGAAGAAGCUCAAGCGCGAGAACGUCUGCGCUGCUUCGCUGCCGACGACGAUGGGGGUGGUGGCGGGGCUGCUGGUGCAGAACGCGCUCAAGUACCUCCUGGAGUUCGGGGAGGUGGCGGAGUACCUGGGAUACAACGCCUUCAAGAACUUCUUCCCCACCUACGGACUUCACCCGAACCCUCAGUGUGAAGACUCCAACUGCGUGCGGAACCAGAAGGUGUUCCAGGAGUACAAGAAGAGCGGCAAGGCAGAUAAGGUCCUCAAGGGAUGGGACGAGCGCAAGGAAGAGGCCGCCGAGGAGGCUGCAGCACCGCAGGAGAACGAGUGGGGCAUCACUCUGGAGGACGACUCCGAAGUCUCGGCUGCUGGGGCUGCCACCAGCUCGACUCAGCAGCUCCCGCAGGGCGUUCAGUUCGCCUACAGCGUGCCGAAGCCCGACGAGGGCAGCACCGAUACCGUGCAGGUCGCUCCGUCAGCGGAUCUCGAUGACCUUCGCGCCAUGCUGAGCGGUUUGAAGCACUGAAGUAGGAAUAUUUGAUGGAAUAAACUCACAGACACAUC